GCCAAACAAGAUAAAACCGGUGCAAAUAUAUAUUUAGCACAUUUACUAACUCUUCAUUAAAAAAGCCACACACGCGAAUCUCGCACGAACUUUACGGACGCACGAGACGGACAAAAAUCGAGCUUUACAAAUAAUAAUUAUAAUUACACAAUUGUGGAAUCGGGACUUGUUCGCGCCGCGUAUUUUUUUUGUUGAAAACUUUGGCGCGAUCGGUUGAGAAUUUUCGUGCAUUGUUUUUUUUCAAUUUUAAUGUGAAGUGAUGAUCAAAUCUGCCAGCAAAGAUGUGAAGGCUGCCGUUGCUUGGGCCGGAUCAGACAUUCUAGUGAAAUUUUUUACUCCUCAUCCUGAUUACGAUCAUCAAGGCCAUGGGUUGGAUUUUAUCGAAGGACAAGGAGAGGAUUUUGAAAGAGCUUUAGAAAGCACUGGUUUCGGAAGGUUUCACUUUUCAUUAUUAACAGUAUGCGGGCUGAUAUAUUUGAACACGGCUGUGGGGAUAACGAUAAUCUCUUUCGUACUGCCUUCAGCGACAUGCGACUUCCAGAUGUCAUCUGCAGACAAAGGAUGGCUUACUGCUGCCCCUAUGUUUGGAAUGGUUAUUGGCUCGUAUUUCUGGGGCUGCCUGGCUGAUACUAAAGGACGAAAAGUAGUAUUGAUUGGAGCUCUUCUUAUGGAUGGCAUCUGUGGACUGCUGUCGAGUAUUUCUCAAGUAUACUGGCUGUUUAUGAUUAUGAGAUUCCUGAAUGGAUUCGCCAUAACUGGAGCCAUGGGAAUAUGUUUUCCAUAUUUAGGUGAAUUUCAACCAAACAAAUACCGGGAGAGGAUUUUGUGUUGGAUGGAAUUGUUUUGGACACUGGGAGUUAUCGCUUUACCUGGCAUUGCAUGGUUAAUAAUCCCAUUGGAAUUUGAAUAUGUGACAGAAAGCUUCAGAUUUAAAAGUUGGAAUCUGUUCGUGGCAGCAUGCGCCAUCCCCAGCAUUUGUAUUGGUUUGUGGCUGUUCUUUUUUCCAGAAAGUCCUAAGUUUCUUCUUGAAUGUGGAGAAGCAGAUGAAGCACUAGACGUGCUGAGAGACAUGUAUGCCAGUAAUACUGGAGACGAUGGUGCCAAUUAUCCUAUUUUAAGUUUACGAGAAAAAGUACGCACUAUGAGCGUAAUAUCGCAACAAAGUACCCGAAGUAUUCGUAGUUUAAGAAUUAGAAAGCCCAAAGAGUUGAAGCUCUUGUUAGGAGAAAUUUGGGAACAAACCAAAGCGCUAUGCAGCCCUCCACACUUAAGAUAUACAGUGUUAACUUGUAUGAUACAAUUUGGACUCACUACGAGUUAUUAUACUUUAAUGAUUUGGUUUCCCGAAUUAUUCUAUCGUUUCGAAGAAUUCGAAAAUCUACAUCCAAACGAAAGAGCUACGGUUUGUGAAGUAUCCUCUGUGGUAGUGCCUACAAAUGCAACGCUUGGCCAUACGGAGUAUUGCGGUGAACCUAUUGCAGAUUCUGUAUUUCUCCAUACGUUGAUCAUUGGUUUGGCGUGUAUACCAACCAGUUUCUGGCUACCACUCUGUGUUCACAGGCUGGGAGCCAAGUUUUUCUUAGUUUUCAGUUUGAUAGUAGCAGGAGGAGUAACAAUUGGGUUGUACUUCGUUAGUUCCACAAUGGCCAAUUUGGUACUUUCCUGUAUAUUUGAAGCUUUAACUAGUUUAGGAAUCAGUACUGUGUACUGCGUUAUGGUUGAUCUGUUUCCAACGAAUUUAAGGGUGAUGGCAGCUGCGUUAUCUUUGACAUUUGGUAGAGGCGGAGCACUGUUAGGAAAUCUUCUUUUCGGUUUCCUUAUAGACUUAAACUGUGUCAUACCCAUAGUAUUAUUUGCCUCAAUGCUCUUAGUAAGUGGACUGCUUUGCUUUUUGUUGCCGAGCACAGGAAAAGGUUCACUGGAAUAAAGUGGAAAAAAUACCUACAUUUUGAGGUUAAUGAACAUUCUGCAACUAAUAAUGCCGUGUUUAAUGAAACAUCUAUACGCACAAUUUUAGAUCAACAAUAUUAGUGAGAGUCGUUGCUUUUUUUAAAAAUCACCAGUUUUACAACGACGUAAUAAAAAUCUAAAAAGAAACAUAUUUUUAAUAACGUGAUUAUAUUUUUAUAUAAACAUAUACAAACAUCAGCUGCGUCUCUAUUUUUUUUUGUAAUUUUUAGUACAGCGUACGCUUCUUUUAUUUUUAAUGUCGAAUGUUUAUUAUCAAGCAUUUCUAAUAUUUGCAUAUUGUUAGGACCACUUAUCUAUGUUAAAAAUGAUCUCAGAGCGAGGACGGUCCUAUUAAAAAACUGACAGGAGUAAUAACCAUCUCUUCUUAAAGAUUUGAAAUAAACUAAUGUGAUCAAAUAAUAACAAAAAUAUAAGGCACGAGGUAGGGAGCGAUUACAAUAAGAAGAACACCGCUACGCCAUAACUAUUAUUUCGAUUUUUCAAUAUAUAUCAUAUCAAUAUAUAGGCGGCAGAAGCCAACAAAUUACUCUUACUGUGUUUAUCUUAUUGAAAUUGGACCCUAGUAUUUAUUUAAUCAAUAUAUUCUCUUUUAAGACUUAUUCAUUUAGCACAUCGUUCCUAAAGUUGUUGUACGCCCUAUAAAAAAAUGUUUGGUUUUGGUCUGCAAGCCGUUUCUCAACGUCACAUAUACGACUUCAUCAAAGUCCUUUACUUUUCAAGAGUUUCUCAAGUUUUGAAAACCAAUAAUAUUGUGAUGGUGUUAAAUACGGAAAAUAGGGUGGAUUAUCAACCAAUUGAAAUCCAAUAUCAUAAUUUUUUACAUCGUAAACAAUAAUUGUGCGUAGGCGUAUUAUCACAUUUGGCCAAUUUUCCGCGGCGGUGUUUCCCAAUUUCCUAGCGUAAUCUAUUUAGCAACUCUUCAUAAUAUGAUCUCGUGAUAGUUCCCAGGUAGCAGAGUAACGUUUAUUGAACGUAAUUUUUUUUGGUCAGAUUCAUAACCAAUAUAACCUUUAAAAUUACGUCAUAUAUUUGUAAAAAUGACGUGUAUAAGUCAGUGGAAUACUUUAAUAUGACAUCAGGAGAAUACCCUACUGAGAUACCGUUGGUAUGUGAUAGCUGGACUAAAUUUAGCUUGGUUAGUGAUAAAAUAAACAAUAAAAAAAGGUUUGUACUGUUUAAAAACGACCCAUAAGCAUUUAAGGUCCGUAUUUAUAAACAGAACUCAGCUGAGUCGAAGUUUGGUUACAACAUAUCUAAAGUUCCAGGUUGUUCCGGUGUUACACUGGAAUUUAGAGAUGGGUAUUACCAAAUUUGUAACUGUUAAGUACAUUUACGGAUUUGUUACUAUCAUCUCUAAAUUCACGCUGUAUAACCGAACCUAAAUUAUGAGGUAGUGGAAAAAUAUAUUCUCAGAAUCAAACAUUAUUUGAUGUAAAUAAUUUUUAAAAUAAAGGAGAAUCAGUAAAAGAUGCAUUAAUAGUUAAUUAUUCCGAAUUACUACUAGAUAAAUGAUUUUUUGUAUUUUGAUAUAAAUUAAUGUUCUGUCUUUAUAUAUGUUUUUAUCUGCCAAAAUGACAUAUCUAUGUAUGCCUAUAUUCAUGGUAUU